AGUUUUCCUCUCUACCCCUUUGUUAACAUUUUUCCUCUACUCUUUUGUUAACAUUUUUUCUCUCAUCACAGUGAGUAGAUCGAGCAACGGAUGUCUGGAAAUCCAGCAAGUUCGGCUAGGAGGAGAUCUUCUUCCUCAGGAUCCCAGGGGCAACAUAAUCGUGAUCAGCCACAGGUGUUCUCUAGUAGUGGCAUAGCUCAUGAUAUAGAGCAGACGAGAUGUGAUCCAUUGAUUGAGGAUAUGGAUCAUUUGACAUCUAAUCAUGAUACUGAGGGCCCUUCAUCCUCAAAGGGGAAAAAAGGACGAGGUCGGAAUUUGAAAGGUCUACGCCCUCCAGAGAAUAGAGAGAGUAGGACCUGGGUUAAACUUACUGAUGAUAAGCUUCAGUUUGCUGAUCCAUCCAUUCCUCGAGCUAUCACUACCCUAUGGAAGUCACGUUUUGAUGGCCCAUAUUUCACAUUUGAUCGUGUCCCCAACAACAAGAUUAAUGAAAUUUACGCUUGUUUCAAAACACUUUACCAGUGGGACCGUGCAGAUAAUCUCCAUGUACGAAAUGCAUUUAUAAAUUGUAUGAGGCAUAGAUGGAGUGACAAUAUGAGGGAUGUGAGGUUGAAGUGGGUGAAGGACCCAUCUUAUAUCCCAUGUUGGAUGCCACCUCAUUUAUGGUCUCAGCUACUGCAGUAUUGGGAUUCUGAUGAAUAUAAGAUGCUUCAAGCAAGGGGAGCAAAGAAUAGGAAUUCAGGGGAGAGAGUGACUCACACCACUGGGUCAAUUAGCUUUGGCAUCCACGAGAUGCGGAUGACUGAAGCUAGAGGUGGUGUGCAACCUCCACAUCAAGAGAAGUUCAAGGAGACACAUACCUUCAAAAAGAAGGUGGCAACGAAUCAAGAGCCGAUGUGGAUAAAUGAAAAGGCAAAGCACCGACAUGAUACUUAUAUAGCGGAGUGCUCAGAGACCCAUGGCUCCAAUGCUAGUUCGUGGCCACGCAUGGAUCACGAGGCAUGGGUUAAGGCUAUUGGAGGCUGCUCGUCAAGUUUCAUGCCAGGGAUUGGCUCUCAAGUAAAUCCAGAGGAUGUUGGAUUUAGCUACAGGAAAAGACCACCUCGAGACAACUUGAUGGCAGCGAUGAUGAUGUCUGACUUUGUUGAGGAGCAAGCACACCACACUGAGGUGGUGGCAAAACAAACUGAAGAGUUAGAAAGACAACACCAACAAAUUAUUAUGAUGCAACAACAGCUGGCCCAGAUGAAACAAGCCCAAAAUAAUAUGACAGAAGCCCAGAAUAAUAUGAGCCAGACAAUUGCACAGUCUGUUGCAGCAGCUCUAGCUGCUUAUGGCAUCUCUCCCCAGGCAGGUCAUCAGCCAUUUGCCUCUCCACAGCCUUCACGUAAUUAGGGCUCAGGUCUUCGCAUGAAUACACCUGUCACCUACUCUACUGAUUCUACACAGACCUCACCUAUUGUGCCUGAACAUUAGCAGCAGCAGCUUCCGCCUCAAGAUGAUGUAUACCGUCCUGUUUUUGAUCCAGACUAUUCAGCUCCUUAGUUUUGUUUUCUGCUUGGUUAUCUGCAUGGUUAUCUGCACACUCUGCAUGGUUGCCUUUAUUUCUAUUAGUACUUUUAACUGCUAGCUUUAACUUUUUAUUAGGAUAUCCUUUCAUAUUUUACUUGACCUCCAGUAAUCAUGCUUGAACUAAUUAAUUGUUAAUUAAACAAGAAUUUCAGUUAUUGAUAAAUUUAUUCACACUACUAAUAUUUUUUAAUAUUGUUGUUUUGUAUGAAACAUUGUUGGGAGAUACUAAUUGGAAAUGGCUGCUGGUGCCUUAUAAUAUCAAAAUUGAGAUUUCUAUUUAACAAAAAUCUGUUAAUACAUUUUGCCCAACCAAUGGGCGUUGGUUUCUUCUUGGCCAAAAUCCCUGAGAACACAAUUACUGGGUCCUGAAUUUUAGGGCAUGUUUCUUUGAUUUUAGCUUUUUUAUGUUGCUGGGUGCUAGCACCUGGUGUUUUAGCUUGGUCUUGCCAACUCAUCUUUGGGCGAAGCUUUUCUUCAUCCCCCCAGGCAUCUCACUAC